AUGUCUGAAACCACAACUCCACUUGACUCUCAAAACUCAACAACUGUAAGUACCUCCACAACAACUGUUUCUACAACGACGACGACCCAACGAGUGACAACACCACUAUCAACAACAACCACUACAUCACCAACAACAACCACCUUACCUCAACCUACAACCCCAACCAAAAAUAUCAUCCAAACUACCACAGUGUCCCAAAUCCCCACAACUACAGAACUGAAACAAUGUCCAAAGUUAGUCAUACCACAUGCAGCAAUGAGUACAGACUUGAGAACACCUGGUACCUUAGUCAGAUUACGCUGUGAUGAAGAUGCCACUAUAGAUGGUCCUGGUGUAAUAUUGUGUCAAGAAAGUGGUUAUUGGAAUUCCAGUUUACCAACUUGUAGAGGUGAUGAAGCAGCUAUACCAUUAUCAACUAAAUUAUUUAUUGGUAUUUUAACCGGAUGCUGUGCUUUGGUCUUGUUAGUUGUGAUUGCCAUUUUAGUUAAAUUAUGGAUCUGUGGAAAAGGUGGUAACAAAUCUUCAAGAUUUUCAGAUCGACAUCACAGAUUACCCAGGACGUCUGUAGACACCCUUCCACCAGUACCAAAUCCCAUGCACCGCUAUCCGCCCCAAGAUCGGAGAUAUAAUGUUUAUCAAGGCACGCUAAGCAAAGCCAGCGAUACCACUAGUACCAUUUAUGCUAAACCAGAGAUCUACAGUACCUUUAUCAACCCAGCGUUUUAUGAAGAUGUUUAUGAUAGAUGGAGACGAAGAGAGUCGCAAGAGAUCUAUGCUGCUGGUACUAUCUAUGACUCGCCAUGGCAACACAGGGGAGCAGCAGGUCCUGACGGAGGUGAAGGCAGCGGACAACCCAUUGGAGGUGAAUCACUUGAUACUAGAUGGAGUAGUGUAAGCUUAAGAGCACAUGAUAACUAUGAUUAUGGACGAUUUGGAAAAAUACCCCGGUCUCAAAUUGGUGACACAGAACAAUCUAUAGAUACAAACUUAUAA